GACCAGGGGCGGGGCCGGGUGUGGAGGUGCAGCGCUGGCGGGCGUGGGCGUGGGCGCGGGCAGCCCGUGUGGGCUACUGAGCUCGCAGAAAGCGGUCGGCCCCUGGCUGCGGGCGGCGAGGCCGAGAGUCGCGAGCACCCAUGGCGUUUCCACGUUCAUCCGUGCAGUCCGAGGUGACCGAAGGGGAGGACAUGGCAGAAGCGUCCCGCAGUUCCGAAGUCUCCCAGGAGCCCCUGAUGCUCAGGCUUCUCCAGGAGCACAACAGUGAGCGCAGGGAGACCGAGGAGGAGGACGAGGAGGAAGAGGAGGACGAGGAGGAAGAGGAGGGAGAGGCGCGAGACGAGACCCCCGAACCCCGCCGAUCCUACGAGCCCUACGAGCCCUGCGCGCCCCGCGCUGUCCACACGGCCCCCGCGUUCCGGGAGCCCCGCGAGCACAGACGAGUCGUGUGGCCGCGCGCGGUGCUGGUGUCGCCGUCGCUGAUCUGCAGACCCCCGCCCCGGCUGCCCUCCAUGAGCGUGAAUCCUGUUGCCUGUGACUUUAUAAAGAAAUGUUUUUUUUCCAGGAAGAGAGUCCAAGAUCUUUCUAAGCCUAAGAGACAGUGGGGAAUCCCGGACAGAAAACUGUUUUGGGGAAACCAGGAUCCUAUUUGCCCUGUUCCCGUCAAUGCUUUGAAAUCUCAGCUCACCCAAAGGCUCGAGGACCUUGCUCAACCCAAGAGAGUGUCUGACCAGUUUAUGCCUAACAGGGAUCAAUAUUACUACAGCUGUGGCAGAGCGUCUGUGAUUUGGAAGAUCCCUCCUCCUGCCUUGUUUACCCAACCUUCCAAAAGGAUCCUGAGGCUGGCCCAGCCCAACAGGUUCAAAAUACAGUAUCUGCUAGACAGGCCCUUCAGCGAUUAUUCGACAAUAAGAGAGUCUCUCCGGUUCUCUGAUCCUUCACCCCGGAUUUUACGGCUCUCAAUAGCCAAAGGCACAAACCCAGACUAUGUCCCUCCCAAAGACAUUAAUACCAAGAUAUCAGUGUCUACCCUGAACGCUGUUGCAACUCCAAGAAUCAUAGACCUGGCCCACCCAAGGAUGAAGUUGGAGGGUCUGUGCUAUGAAAGAGAAAGAAAUGAAAGGCCCAUCCGCCCGGUAGCCCCCGCCGCCUUGCUUGCCACAGCCAGCCCUCGAAUAAUAGCUCUGGCUAAGUCCAAGCCCCUUCACCAAGAUUACCUACCUGCUCGUGACGCCUGCUGGCCAGUGUCGUAUGCUGCUAUUCAUCCAAAAGUAUCACCCAGAAUUCAAGAACUGGCUAAUCCAAACACCCGGUCUCCCAUGCACAUUGUCUACUACGAUCCAGAUGUCUUUAAAGUCAAGCCCAAGGCCUUGAAAGCACAGUGUUCUGCCAGGGUCCAGGAGCUGGCACAGCCGCUUGCACGUUAACAGCAGAAAGCCGCAGCAGCCGGACACUGGUCACCUAUCUAGAACGCAUAGUGGAUACCUUAGUUCCCUGCUCUGGUGUGGGCAGAUCCAUACCCCCAACUCGUCCCCCUCCCCAGAACUGGGGCCUCCAGGAAACACCCUGGUGAUGGGCAGGUAGCAAUUGCUACUGUUAGCCGUCACCAUAUCUUUAGCCAACUCUGGAGCCUCCAGCCUGCAAUAAAAGAGAAGAAGAGAG